GGGUCAAGUAAUCACCAUAAUCUUCAGAAUUGGCGAUAUUUGCAAAUAAUUUAUGUCACUGGCCAUAGUAAUGGGUGGGCUCUGAUUUGGCUGCCAUUUUUACUACAGGAUUCUACUGGUCCCAAAGGCAUGGCAUGAGUACCUUUUACAUCCACAUGAUAUUUUUUUAAUUCUAGUGCAUCAUUCAAUAACCUUUUAGUUGUUAGGUUUUCUGCACAUAUGUAUUGUGCACAAGUUUUUUCUGACUAUAUAAACCGUUCCUGACCUGACCUGACCAAACCAUAGCCUUCAAGAAACAGCACGUAUAAUACUAUCCAAACUUCAAUCGAAUCUCAAGGUGGAGAUUUCCCAGUUAAUUCAGACACUAUGAAAGAGCAACUGAAAGCAAGCAAGAUUAAGAUCUUGGCUGCCUUGCUGGUCUUCGCCAUGGUUACUCAAGGCUUGGCGAUUCGGGUCAAGGGGACCGUGAGGAAUGACAUCACCGACGAGGCUGUCAGUGCAAAAACCACCCUCGGUGCAGGCAGCAGCACAACCGUUGACAACCACCAUGCAAUCCCACGGGACCAGUAUAGUAGCCAUGGAGGAGAGGACGGAUCAGGUGGCAGUGGUGGUGAUACUACAAACAACUAGUGCCAUUCUCUGAGACUGUUCUGUUCGCCCAAGAUAUAUAUUCUGAUCUCUAAUGUUAUAUUGUAUAGAUGCCAGCAGCGCUAAUAUUAUUACUAUUCAUGCCUACAUGAAAAUAAGCUGCUUAAGGGAAGAGUAAUGUCAAAGACCAUACACAUGUUAUUUACAUCCUCACAGAAGGAAAAAAACUAUGUUUUAUUGGAAAAAUAAAGAAGCUAUAUAUGUAAUAGA